AUGGUAAAGAAGGACCAGUAUGGAAGAACUGAGACUUUUGGUUUCAGAUUCUAUGUACGUUCCUGGUAUAGAGAAGUGUUCGGGAGUUUGCCUGCAGAUAUCAACGGCUACCCAACAAGUGGGAAACUUGAAACAUUAGAGAGACAACGCGUACUGUUUAACCAAGCAUAUCCUGACCGCACGUUUGAAGAUCGUCUCUGGAAACUGCUGCCAGAACAGACCUCUACCUUUCAAAAAUUGCAGACUGGGGAUAAGCGCAACCAGUCCAGUUCAAACGAAAAUAUGAUGUCUGCCUCGGAAUUUGAAGCUCCGAAGGAAAGCAAGAAGCGUAAGUUGGAAAAGAACGAUCCAGAGAACUUCUCCUCACGAAAAAAGCGGGAUAAUGCGGCGUCAACUUCAAUACCAGCUCAACCUACUGUGAGCAAUAAACACUCGCUAUUAUCCGAGGAGCCGCUGAUCAACAACCUGAUAGCAUCGUUAGCAAACGGCAUGAAUAUCCGAGAAACAGACAAGAGUGAUAACGAGCCUCAUUCAACCGCGGUGGGGACUUCGGAAACUCGUACAGGCUCACACAAUGUUGCAGCACAAGACCCGGAGAAUCUCCCAGCUGAUCAUGAAUCUAGAUGCCCAGAUGUCAUGGCCCUUGAAGCGCCAGUAGGCCCAGAUGGGAGGAUCAUAGGUUGGGGACCAGACCCCAGUUCGGUAGCCGUACAAGUGAAAAGGUUUCAGGAUAGCGGAAUCACAAAUGGCACGAUUAUUUUUGACUCACCACCAUUUCAUGAAGAUGAAGAGAAUCGAAUUCCCGAUGAUUGGCUCUCAAGUCACGCUCUUAUGGCUAGGAUGACAGCACGCGCGAAGCGGGCGGAAGCACCCAAGGAAAAACCUACUGAAGAAGCCUUGUACUAUGCUAGAUUCGUCAGACUUGAGAUUGCGCAACAUCGAGAGCCAUCUGUUCUACAGCUUCAUAUAUCAUACGUGACUCAUCAAGUGUCAUUCUUCCACAAAAUGGAACACGAGAGGGGUAAGGAGGGACAGAGAAAGGAAGAUAAUCAAGUAGAAGAUCAAGAGAAUACUUUAGAUCAAGCGAAAGAAACGGGAGGGGAAGAAAGCAAUGGAGACAGAGAUGAUUCGGCGGGACCAAACGGUUCUGGUCAUGAGCUGGCCACGAUAAAUUACAAAGCCCCGAGAAUCACCACCGCCUACGUCGAAACGAACUUGGACUCGCUUAUCCAGACAUUGAUAGAACUGGAAGGAGAAAAGACGGAAGACGCGAUUGAACUCGUACCGUACAUCCGCCAACGUGACAGACUUCAUUACGAUUCCGACCAGUUGCGAGCCUUUGAGACUUCGGGGCCUGGCCGAAAGGCGUCCACAGAAUAUCGAUUUGAGAAGCAUGAGGCUCUGAGAAAAGCCUACGAGUACUACGAAGAUUUCCUGUUUUAUCAAAACUCAACACAUCGUCGCCAACGAACCUGGAGGGUGAAAAGGCAAAGAGAUAGAAAAGGUGUGGCCCGACGUAAGUCCAAAGGACCGAAGCUGUACCCAUAUAAUGUAGCCGAUAAGUUCGUCAAGAUAACGUUAGACCACUACGACAAACUUCGCAUUGGUGGUCAAGAGUACCAAGCAGGGCUCCUGGAUGCGUUCGGGAGGAAACUUGAGACUACCACUGUUGCUUUACCCCAAAUAGGGCCCGCUGAGUUGCACCUAUGGACCCCCCGAUAUAGACGCCUUCCCGUUGGUUUAGGACGUCCACUUCUGGAUCGCGAACAUGUUGAUGAUCCGCAGUCAUUAGUAUUGGACUUAGCGGAAAUUGAGGAACGUCGUGUUGAUGUUGAGAAGAACCCCUCCAGUGCCUGCACAGGUGGGAGUAUGCCAUUGUAUAGCAAUCACAGUGAGAGACGCGCGACGCAAAGGGUUGAAAUGCAGAAACGCGAAGAUGAUACACGUGUGUAUCAUGGGCAGAGUCCCUGGCGCAUAGAAGACUAUCAUUUACGGCCAUCGACUUCCCAGAUGCGCCUCCAGGGAAGAAAUACACCGAGACACCAAGAGAGGUUUCAAGAAAUUCAAGGACAAAACGGCCUCUUCAUUGCUGCAAAAGAAUCGUCGUUUGACUGGCACACUUCGUACGAUUGUCUGGGUUUGGUGAAUCCAGGCUAUACCAUCGACGGCCUGGACAUAUAUAGUGAUGAAGAUGAGUUGGGAACACGCAUAAUAGCUUCAGGUGGUGGCUCUGAUAGUGACAUGAGCGACAUUGAAACUGCGAAUACGGAACCUCGAUCAAACCCACAAAUUCCAAAGGGGCCUGGGAAACCGUUGACACCCGAAGAGAGAGCCAGGAGAAGAGAAGCAUUCGCGGAAAAAGCUGCAGCGGCACAUGGACAGGGAGGGAAGGCAAAAGAAGAACAGGGAAAAUCAAAAGCAGCUAAAGCCCCUGCCAAAAAAUCUAAGAGAAAAUCAGGAAAGGGAAAAUCUGAGGAGGCUGAGCAGCGAUGUCAGCAAGCCAGACUUGAAGCAAGCCAGCUGCGGGAGAGGAAAAGAGCAGCUGGCUAUGACUAUGAAUACGAGGCACACGAAUUUGCCAAACCGAGAAGAAAGCUCCGCGAAGAACACAAAAAGUACAUAACGACUGUCUGGGCCGAAGCUACUGAUGGCCGCCGUGAGCGUCAUAUGGGUCAGCGUGUGCCAGACUCUUCACCACCAACUUCGCCACCACGCGUUGCACACUGGCUGGAUACAAUUGAGAGCUCAAUUCCACGUGGUUUGUCUCACGAUGACUUGAAUUUGCCGGCACGUCAACGAUGCGAACUUGAUCCACACUGUCGUAAGUGGUGGCCACAUACGACAACCGAAGGAUGCUGGCGGGCUCAUGUAGAAGACGCUUUAUAUCUUGGAGACCAAGAUGAGAAUCCUAUUUUGCCCCCAGUGCAGAUGAUAAACAGGAAGGAUUGUUUACUACCGAUACCAGAAAGCGAGAGAGACAUUUACCGAUCUAGACUAGACGAUCAUUAUGGCCGGAACAAGAACGAUGAUGGAGUACAGUGGCCAACAAUAGGCGUGCGAGUACCCUAUGCGCCAACCACAAUUAUAAGCGACCGAAAGGUCAACCCCUCAGAUCGCAAAAAAGAUAUAAAAGGCUGUGCAUUCCAGGAAACGCGAACUCUCAGUGUUCCGCUAAUCAACACUCCACAACGGCAAUGGCAUGUGUUCACUGAAGAUCAUAUUCCAACCGAGUUCUUGGAUGAAGACGAGGCGUCUGAGAGCGAAGACAGCCAAGAUAAAUUCCACUCGGCUUAUAUGGAGGCACCUCGGGCUGUGCGGCGUACUUUGUCAAUGUCAAAUAGUGUCGAUGAGGGAGGCUCGUACGACCAGCCAGGUCAGGAAGAUAUUAGUGUAAAAUGA